UGAGCGGACGACUGCAACAAUAGACUACGGGCGGUCCGGGCUACCUGAGUAUGAAUAGCUUUCUUUCUUUCUUGUCAUAUAUUUUUAGUUUACUUCUCUGGAAGGCAAAAAAAGAAAAUAAUGGAAUUGGUGGUAAGGGUGCUGGUAAAUUGACUGAUAAAGUAAUCACUCAGUUGUCUGCGUACUACGGAUUAGCUAUCCGUCGUCAUCCUGAAUCCGUUGAAGAUAUGAAACGAGAAAUAUGGGCCACGUACUUGCAUAAAAUUUCAACUGAUAAGAAGCCUCAGCACAUGAAUUGCCCUCUUGGACCAGACAGCUGGUGCAAGUGGCAGAAAGCAGCAGCCGAAGGAACUGAGGAUGACUUUCACCAUGAAAAUCCACCUCUAACUGAUAAGGUUUUAAAAGUUAUGAAACCUAUUUACGAAUGCUUAUCAGAUGAUUCUUUAUUAGAACGUUGCUUGGGCAGCGAAACUCAAAAUAACAACGAGUCACUUAACUCUUUAAUAUGGACAUUUGCACCCAAACAUAUCCAUGCCGGGUCCCAGACAAUUGAGAUUGCUAAUUGUUUAGCAGUUUGCAUUUUCAAUCAAGGCUUUUAUCCUAUUUUACAAAUAAUGAGUCUAAUGGGAAUAAAAAUAGGUCUGGAAUCCCAUGGGUUUGCUGUUAGGCGCAACGCAGUAAGGAUUGAACGGUCUGAGGUUCGAGCUUCAGAUGCUUCAAAAGAGGAAAGAACUGCUCGUUAUACAGAGAGAAAUGCUGAAAACAGUCAAUAUGAAGUAGAGGAAGGCCCAAUAUAUGAAGCUGGGAUGGCUGAUUAAGAGAAUAUGGAUACAAAGGGAGAAAUCCUUUUCACGAGGACACGGCCUUUUUUUUUCUCUACUUCAAGG